AUGUCCGGUAGCGCAACAUCUACCGCCAAAGAGAGGCAUUAUGCUCAUCUAGCAGCUCAAUUAGAAACAUUAAGUGGAAAUAUCGUCGAUGCUCAACAUCAUCUUGGAGCGGCUGCUAGUCAAACACGAUACAUAAAGAGCUUAGGAGCAAAUCAAGCAGCAAUGUUCAUGGCAGCUUUGCAUCAAGUUGAUCAGGAUAGCGGAUCC